AUGGGUGCCCCAGAGAUACUCGUGGUUCCUCCCAAGGAGGAACUGGACUAUCGGCCCGCGACGGUCCGGUACGAAUACGAUCCUUGGUUGUUGGAUGACCACCCGCUGCGCUCGCAUCCAACCGAGUGUAUUCCCGGCCUGGGGACUUUCCUCGCCGAAUGCUGUGUCUCUUUUCAGCGCCGCUGGAGGGACUAUUCGCUCCGCGUCGGAUACCUUCUCCUGGCAUGUCUCGCGGCCUUUCAAUGCCUCAAGCUACUUCCUUUUCCUGCUGGCCAAGGGCUGCCGCGCCUACCAGUGACAUCCCGAAUUAGCCCUCGCGACUGGCACGUUAAAUGCACCUACCCUCAUUCGGAUCCUCGCCCCAACACCCUUGCGCAGUCCGUUGCCGCCGGCUGCGAUGGGUUUCGAACGGACAUUUGGCUACGCGGCAAUGCGCUGCAGAUCGGUCCAUCCCACUUGGGCCCCAACUCCGCCAAUGACCUGCCGCUGCAUUUCGACCCGAUUAUCGCCAAACUGGAGGCGGAUCAUGCUCCAAGCAGCCUCCAAAUUCCCUUGACUGCCAGCGCCGACGGCCUGAACGAGCGCGAUCCGACACGGACGUUUAUGCUGGUCCUGAAUGCCCAAUCCUCUCUCCACGAAUUGCUUCCCUUCUUGGUGUCCCAUCUGGACGUUCUCCGCCACCAGGGACAUCUCACUCACUGGGACGGGGCCCGGGUGAUCCAGCGGGCUGUCACCGUCGUUGUCACGGGGGAAUCUGUGUCCAACUUGGACCACUGGACCGCCGCCUACUCGGAUGUGUUUUGGUCGGCCGAACCAGGAUUGAUUCUCGCGGAGGAUCUGGUGAAUGGCCAAUUACUCCCGAUCGGUGCCGUAUGA